AAACAACCUUUGACCUUUCCAAAGUUUCCCGCGCUUUUUGUGUCCCUGACGCUACCAUUCCGACAGACCAGGCGGAAAGCUGGAGGCAGGGCCCUCGGGUGUCAACCGAUUCUUUUGGCGGUAUUAAAAGCAAGAGCUGCCGUAGAUUUAGGAUCCAGGGCACAAUGGCAACAGGGCAGACAUCACAAGCAUCGUUUGACUUCUGCCACAAUCAACACGCAGCCUCCCUCCUCUAUGGCCUGCAGGAUCUACGGUCGGAGAGUCUACUGGUUGACGUCGUGCUGUGUGUUUCUGGAAAAGAGAUUCCCUGCCACAGGCCUGUCCUUUCUGCUUGCAGUGGAUACUUUCAAGGAAUGUUCUGUUAUGGUCAUCGUGAAAGCAAGGCACAUAAGGUGGACAUCAAUGGAGUUGGCCCGAAUACACUGCAGCUUAUUGUUGACUAUGCGUACACAUCAAAAGUCACCAUCACAGAAGGCAAUGCUGUGAACCUGCUGGAAGCGGCCAACUUCUUUCAGAUCCACCCCGUGUUUGAUGCAUGUGCAAAGUUCAUAUCUGAGCACUUGAGUGUCAAAAACUGUUUGGAAAUGAUGUGCAUGGGCAGUAUGCUAUCCCCAGAGCUGUAUGAGAAGGCUUUGUCGUGUGUAAUGAAAGAGUUCACGGCAAUCAGCAAAAGGCAGGAGUUUCUUAACCUGACAAAAGACGAACUCAUCACAAUCAUCUCAUCAGAUGACCUGAAUGCACAGGAAGAAACUGUGUACAUGGCUGUGAUGACUUGGAUCAAUCACAACACCAGUAAACGGCAGAAGGAGAUGAGAGAGCUGAUGGAACUGGUCAGGUUCCCCCUCAUGGACAAGAUGUACUUCUUGGACAAUGUACAGAGCAAUGAGGCUGUGCGCAAGUCUUGCCCGGACAUCGUGGCAGAAACACUCAAGUACCAGCUGUUCCCAGAGAAUGUUCAGUCACCUCGCACUCGUCCGCGUGAUCUGAAGGAGGCAGUAGUUGUUGUUGGAGGGAUCUUAGGGCAGGGGCAAGACAGUGUGGAGUUCUCAAACUAUCUUAUGAUGCCUUGCAGCUCAAGUUGGGUUCCUAUCACCAAAAUGAAGCAUAGCUAUGACCGGGGAUUUGCUGUGGCUGUACUAGGCUCUAAUGACAUCUUUGUGUGUGCUGGUGAUAGUUCCAACAGGGAAGUGUGGCUAUACCAGCUGGAACUCAAUCUCUGGUCCCAACUUGCUCCAUUGAAUGUUCCCCGGAACCAUCACAAGCUGGCAGUGGUACAUGAUAAAGUGUAUGCAAUUGGUGGCCUAGACGACCGUGUGAAUGCAAGUGGCCUAAAGUCUGUUUUGGCUGCUGUAGAAGUGUAUGACCGUUGCCAGAACAAGUGGACUGAAUGUGUUCCACUCCCUCAGCCAAGGUACAAGCAUGCUGUUGCAGUGGUAAAUGGCAGCAUAUAUGUGAUGGGUGGACGAGAUGCUGAGAACAGAGAUACAUCUACAGUGUACCGCCUUAGCCCUUGGAAAAUCCAGUGGGAACCGCAGAGCAACAUGCCUGAAAGAGCUGCUGACAUCACUACUGCAGUUCUCAAUGGGGCCAUCUAUGUGGCUGGGCUACCCAACAAGUUGUUCUCUUACAGCCCUGGUGAAAACGGGGGUUGCUGGAGUGUUGUAGCCAUCACAGGUUAUCUUCUACCCAGAUGUGGAAUGACUGUCAGUAACGGGAAAGUUUACAUCUAUGGUGGCCUUGGCUCUGGACUGUUCGGACGCUCCCCAGAUGGCCAGGUUUUGUGCCAUGAUCCAGAAGCCAUGACACUCAAGCCUGUGGGACAAAUGCAUGAGGCCCUAUAUGGCCAUGCAUGUGUCACUAUAGUGAAGGCAGCACACACUAGAAUACCACAAGUCAGGCUACAGUCCUCUGGUAAUCAGUAGUAUCAUUGAUAUGAUAGUUUGUUGACAUCUGAUGAUGUUAAUUUAGUUUAAAACUUGUGCAAAAGCAAUGUUGAACACAAUACAAUCAUAACUUGUGAAAGUGGUAUGUUGGAAAAAGCCAUCAUUCAUUGUAGCAGCUGAGUAUCAAAGUGAUUCCUUUUAAAAGUUUUAUAACCAUUCAGGUAUUAAAGGGUACUUCUUUGAAGUUUGAACCAUCUUCUUUACAAGAUGUGAAACGUAUUACUCCAGAUGUCUUGACAUGUGAGAGACCUGAUUAUCAAAAUUCUGAGGUACCGUAUGUCUCUAUUUAUAGAGAAGCCAGACAUGGCAACUCUUCCGUGCAGAUGCCAGUAAAUGAUCAUUGUGUAUACCUGGUUUGCUUUGCCUUUCUACAGACUAAUGUCAAGACUGUGACACUAUAGAAAGUUUCCUAUUCAGAUAAAAAAGAGUGGGAGGUACAGUCAAGAGCAGUUUUAAGCCCCUGACCCCUUUAUACCAAUAACAUUUUCUAUGCUCUUGUUUUAUAUUUAUUUGUUCAAAUGUUAAUACAAAUUGCACCUUUUUAGCUAGCAUGUAUUUAGUCUCACUAAGUGUUUUUCUAGUAUAUUAAUAUAUAGGAAUAACCCUCUAUUUGAGAAUUUUAUUGAGGUGUAUUGAAAGACAACUUCUGGACUACGUUUGUCAGUUAAAAGGAAGAGAUAGAGAUAGGAUGAUGUUUACAACUCUCACCUUGUAUUUUUUUUACCUCACGCUUUGUUCUUUUCUUACAUUACGUUGAAAUGUUUAUUAAUCAAUAAGUUGCUUAUGAA